AGAAGCUGAAGGAAGAAGAUAGAACUUGGUUGAAGACGAAAUUUACUAAAUGAUGUCUGAAAACAUUCUGUGGAAAAUCCUGUUUUUUUCAGCCUGGUUGAGUCUGGCUUUUGGUUUGUCUCAAAACGACAAGGUAGUCACAGUAGCCUAAUAGCUAAUAACAAAGCUAAAAUAACGUAUUUUGAUACAUCACUUAUUAUAACUUCAUUUAUAGUUUUGUUAGCCAGCUUGUUAGUCAAAUACCAAUUUCACUCUACAUUGCUGUGUAUGCAGCUUUUUUACGCUUUAUCAGGAAUAACGUCUAUUCUUUUGUAUAUGCCACUUUACAGUUGUAUAGUCAGCAAGCCCAUAGAAGCAAAACUAUCAAAUUCAACUCUACUUCGUAUACGUUAAUUUAAUGCAUGACUAUAACAAAACAAGUUACGUAGUGUAUUUAUCACUGAAUGAUAUUCCUGAAUUUGGUAUGGAAUAUUUUAGUGUAUUAAAAGCAAAUUUGUAUCAUACGUUAGUAAAUAUAAGAAUUCAUCGGUACCAUUAUAGAUAUAAGUAACAUGACAAAAAUCCUAAACACUGUAGCCUAUUAUUUAACACUCAUAGUCAUAUAAGUAAUCCUUAACUCAGCCUGCAAGGGACGUCAACUCCGACUUUACAUUUUUUUAAUUAAAAGUCAAGCAGAUUUGAUUCAUUGAUUAAAGGUGAAUAAAAGAUAAAUGAAAUAAUGGGAUGCGAAAACAUCGUCUUACAAAAACUAGAUCGCAAGCAAAUCGCAGGCGACAGAACUAGAACAUAUUUAUUUCGGUUGUAAAAAAGCUUUGGGUGAUCAAAUGGGCCAAGAACACAGGAAUGUCCAUCUUUGCGCUAUGCCAAAAUAGGCAUUGCAUGGUGGAUUAUGGAAAUUUGAAUACAGUAUCUAUAUAUAUAAGUUCCAGAUCUAUAGUGGUUGUUUCAGUUCUAAGGCAGUGGUGACGCACUUGUCAGAUAGAUAACCGUUUAGUGUGUUUGUCAUGUCAUCGAGUUCCUUCAGCAAUAAGAUAAACAUUAUUAAUAAUUCAAAAUGCUUUACAGAGACAAAAACACACACAGGAGCAAUGGAUGUUUAUAAGGAAUUAGUAUAUUGAAGAAUAAUAUGUGCAUGGAUGGAAUUGUAAUUCACACAUAUAUAUAUAUAAGAUCAGUCUUAAAAGUUUUUAAUCAUCAGGACUGCUUCUUGAUCAAAAACACAGAAAUUUUUCAUGCCCAUGAUGCAUUAGUCUCCCACGCAGCCGCUCUUUAUAACGACACAUAGAGCGGCUUGCGUGGGAGACUAAUGAUGCACGCAAUGCAGAAAAUUAUGAAAUUUGGCAGCGAAUGCUAGCAGCGAAAGGGUGUUGGCAACAGAAUUAAUCUGUCUAUACAUAUGUACUCAUCCUUCGGACUCGCGCUAUUUUGAUAGUCCUGGAAAAACUUAAAGUCAAAAGGCAGACGAGAGUUUCGUUCUUCUUCAAAGAGAAACCCUGGACACAAUAUGUCCAAAUAUCUCUGAUAACAAAUAUAUAGCUUCCUAUAUAUAAGUAGGAGGCCAAAUUUCCGAAUGGGGGGGGGGGUAUUUCCUACGAAAUUUGGCCGGGGGAUUUUAUUUUUGGGGGCAUGUGUGUCAUAUUUCCUGUUUUUACAUCGGCUCUUACAUAAUAAACUGGAUUUCGGCUUUUAUUCUUUACAUACUCUUCAAUGGUUUUGUUGGCCAACGUCGUUUCCGACUGCCAAUCCUUCAAGUUUAACAAAAUACUUGCAAGGUUUGAUUUUACCUGACUGAAUUUUAAUUUAAUUUCAGAAAUUUUCUAAAUGUUACAUUGGUCAACAACAUCUUAACUACACGGACAGAAUUGGACGAUCGAAAUUACUCAUUUGUACAAGAAAGACUGAAGGCGUUCCUCAAUGGAAAUUUGCUGACGGUAAAUAAACCUACAUUUUCUAUGCUUGAAUUUGCCAUAUAAAGCAUGACUUGCGUGUCCAAUUAGUCACAUUCCCUUUAUUUUUGCAAACAACUUACUCAUUUUGACAAAACCCUUAAUUACAGGAAAUGAAAGAUUAUCUAGAUUCUGUUUACCUCUAUCUAGGUUCUCGGACAUUGGGUGAGAUAUUCAACCCAGCCCGAGAUUGUCCAGAUAUUGUUGAUCAAUUACCUGAAGCAAAGGAUGGAUUUUAUUGGAUUGUUCUGCCUAAAGGGACUAAGCAUAAGGUACAUGUUUGGAAUUUGUAAUAUUAACCAACUAUAUCAAGCGAAAAUGUCUAAUGGAGGAAUGUUUAUAUGUAUGUUAGUAUCAUCAACAACAACAAUAUUUUCUUAUAAAUCUUAAUUAUUGAAUAUAUACUGAGUAUCAUCAACAACAACAUUCUUUUAUUAUAUACGAAUUAAUUACUGGACGUAUACAAUAACCUGCACACAUGCAUGUAGCAUUUGCUAAUCAAGAAUGAUUUUGCUCAUAAAUUGCUCACUUCAAAUAUAGUAGGGAAGAAAUAGAAAAAAACAAAUUAGAAAGUGGAAGGAUUUGUCUCAUAAUAUAUGCUAGUAGAUUGCAAUUCUACGUAUUUCGCCAUCGUUUUAAUUAUAUCAUUGUUUUAUAAUUAACUCUCAUGAUGGUCACAAGUGUCUUUUUAUUACUUGACUAAAUUUUGUUUUCCCUAGUUGACGUAAUUGGACAGGAAUACUAUUAAACUAUCUUUCCAGUGUAGGUAGUGCCAUUCAAACGAACAAGCUGACAGUUUUCAGGUAGUUGCAUCCUAGCCUCCUCCGCAGGCCUCUCUAUGGGUUUUAGCCAGCGAAUGGGUUUUGAAAAAAAAUUUUCCUUGAGUGAGAUGCCUGCGGAGGAUGUCUUGUUCAUCAGGAAUACUAUAUCAUAUUUUAGCUACAAAUUUUGCAAAUAACUUUUUAGUAUAAAUUGUGUCAUGCUCUAUGCCUAGACCUAGUAUUAUGUUUUGAUUUCCACCAGAUAUCAUUAUCAUUUAUAAUAGGCCUACCUAAAGUUAAUAAUAGUUUUGUUUGUGGAAACACCACGUAAAUUUAUUACUGCAAAGCUUUCGAAAAUGAAAUGAUUGCAUUGUUAUCAAACAUCUUUAUGUUGACUAUAUGUUCUUUGGAAAAAUAUAACAUAUUUUAAUUUAUUAGGUAUACUCCUUCUAUAAAAUGGAAAAAAUACAUAACUUCCUCAAAAGGUUUUGAUAUAAUAUGUUGUGCACAUUUCAAUUUGCGAGUGGGAAAGGAAUGCAUUCCGAUCCUUGUGCUUUAAUUUCAUUUCGUCUAUUAAGUGUUGUAGCUGUGAUUUUAUUUGUAACAAUUAUUGAUAUGCCAACGCAAGUCGUUUUCAUGCUUGUUUCAUACACCUUGCAACUUACUUUAUCUAUUAUGAUUUACAUUCGUACUUGAUAUGCAAUGAAUAAAAUGAAAAGUAUAGUAUAGCACAAGUAACGAGAGCAAUUACGUGUAUCCUUGAAGACGAACGAUAAAUACACGACGGAAUUAGGAACAUAAUAUAUUUCAAAGAAAAUUAAAAUUUCGAGAAAUCAAUUAUAACUAUUGUCUGUUGUGUAGUUUAUAUAGUAUGUGGCGCAAGAACAAUAGUUUACGUUGUUAUUACCUUGGACAAAACAGGUUUAUUGUGAUGUUAAUACAGAUGGUGGAGGAUUAAUGUUGGUUGGAAUGAAGGAUAGUCCUGUAUCCUGGACAGUACCGUCUAAUUCUGCACCUGUUGAUCCUCAAGGACCUCCACAUUGGUCUAGUGAUUUAGGCGAUGUCAAGGUUCUAGACUUUAGAGUUCAAUUUUCAACUGAUAAAACUUUUGAAGGGACAAAGGCAGACUGGUAAGAAAACAUAUCUCCAUACAAGUUUGGGAACAACAAAAAUUCACUUAGGAACAGUUUUAACAGUGAAACAACAAAAAAAGAAAAACUUCAAAUAAACAAUGGCAUCAAACAAUACAGGGAAUUCAAAGUGAAAACCCCAAUAAAUGAACCAUCCAUAACAAGUAUAGAAACCGAAAGCCUUAUAGGGAGACGUAUAUUUUCUCACCAUUUACCUGAGCUAUAGAUAUACUAAUGUUUCACAUCACUAUUAAGCGCUCUCCUGCAGGAUGAGCACUUUCAUGUCUUGCACUACAAUUAGAAAAUUACAUCAGUUUUCUGCACCUUGUUCACGUGUAAGAGGGCAACGCAAGCGUUGAGUAAAUUACAAAUAAUCUCUUGUUAUUUUGAACAUAUCAAUUGCAGGUUAUACCGAUUAAAUCCACAACGGGAGUUUGGAAAUCUUUUUUCAAUCAACAAUGGAUGUUCGAAACUGCAAGCUGGAAUUGGAAACAUCCAGUUUGUUAAAGAUCUCCUGGUUAAAAGAGUCGUGACAAACAAUUUCAAGUGCUCAAAGUUUGGACAACAUAUACAUCAUUUGUUGGGAUGGGUAUGCAUAAAAUUACUUUUUGCAUAAUAAAUUAAGUUUUGAAAUUAUUAAUACUUCAUUGUAAAAUGUCCUUCAUAAACACUAUUUCUGUGCGAGUUUAGUCAGUUUUGCUCUGCAUGUUGUAGAAAAACAAAGCACUUGUUUCGGAAAACAUAAAAAAUCGAAAAUAUCUAUGCAAAGUAGACGGGAUAAAUAUGAUUAUUGUGAUGUUACUCUGAGUGUAUAUCCACACCGGGGAAGCUUGAAAAAUAUGCCUGACCACGGUGGGAAUCGAACCUACGACCUUUGGAAUACUAGCCCACUAGACGGGAUAUUUUAAUUCAUGAAAUUGGAAUCAACAGAAUCAUGUGAGAUAUAGCUUUUUAAAUAUAUAUAUAUAAAUUGGAAUAAGUGUUUUCUCGCUUUGAUUGCAAAUUACUUUAACUGUUUUUAUUGAAUUUGUAGAUGUUUUAUAUUAAUCUGAAUAAAAUUAUAAUGCGAAACUGCACUAGUCUUGUGUCCUAGUCUUGUGUGUCAUUAAUAUUAUGCAAUAAUUCUCGAACAGUGUUGUGUUUGGCUAAUGCGCGUAGAUUGAGACGCAAUAAUGCACUGUGAUCCGUGCAUGCAUGACACUGCCUUAUUGCUCUUUCUCUGCCUCCCCCUGGCUUCAUCUCUACUUUUGGCCAAAAAUAUAAACAAAGCUAUAGACCUUUUAAAAUAAAAAAAUUAUCAAAAAGCAAGAAGAACAAAGCAAUUUUUCCAUAGUUCUACGUGUAAAAUUAACCAGCUUAGCAUUCGUCGAAUUUGUUGUUGUCUCGACAAGUUUUGGGCAAAAGCGUGCAAAAUAGCCGAAAGAAAGUACUUUAAAUUCUUCUGAUAACAGCUACUAGAUAUAUUUUCGGCAAAAGACAAAAAAUACAAUAAUUUCGAAAAUUAAAACUGAGCAACACGACGAAACCUAUACGAUUUAACGUCUUUCAUGACAAAUCCAGCAGCCCAGAUACUGAAAAACUUUGGCAAAUUAGUCUGUGUGUCACUGAUUUUAUUUCCAGCAUUUUAAACAAUUUUUCUGGCUAUAUAGCAUCAAAAGUUUGUAUUGCUUUGCCUUUCGCAAAUUCAAAGUUUGUAUUGCUUUGCCUUUCAAAAUUCAAGCGACAGACCGACAGUACAAGCAUGCAUGUGCGCGAGGUCACUGAGUACAUGUUAGGAAAAUUUCACCGUUGAUCUUUUGAGUAAAACUGUUUACUAAGUCUAUGUAAUAUCUUCUACUUAUAUUAUAAAAGAAAUAGAAAAACUAGUCUCGUGCGUUUAUAUAGUACGAUAAUGCACUCGUGCAUGGAAUGUUAGGAGAAUACUCGCUUUACACGCUUCUUGUUCUCUCAACAUUCCCCGUGUGCAUUAUCACACCAUAAACGCGCAUGCGACUCGUUUUCUAUUUCUUAAAUUAUAACCCACUUUACUGUGCUUCUGCACUCAAUGCUUUUGCUCACUAAAUGACUGUUACGCCUGUCUAUUACUGCUCAUUGUAAACUAUAGCACUUUUUUAUUCACAUAUACAUUUCAGGGGAAAAUGAAUUACUGCCUUCGACAUCAGUGCAAAAAUGGCUACGCAGUAUUAGAUGCAAUUAAAUUUCGAUACGAUAAUUUUGGAGGAUAUAGGUAAUAAUUUAUAAUUAUUUUCGUUUGAGCGCAUUUUAAAUAUUUUAGCCGUUUUGAUCAGAGCUGCCAAAGUGUGAAAAGCUAGCUCCGAAGAUGAACACCAGAAAUUCAUGAACAUCUUUUUGAACCAAGUAAUUUUUAAAUAUAUGGUAAUGGUAUCUUAAUAACUUAAUAAAGCCUUUAAAGACCUUUGCAUUAAGCCUCCCCUGGGGGGUUUAUUCGUUAUGUUCAACAUUGAACAGUAUAUGAGAGGGAAAUUGCUAGAUAGUAUACUUCAAACUAAGGUUUCCGUUUUUUUUCCAAUUUUUAAAAUAAGUUAGGGUUAUGUUAGGGUUAGGUAAGGGUUAGGGUUGGGGUUGGGGUUAGUGUUAGGGUUUAGUUUUACGUUAUAAAAACGGAAACCUUAUUUUGAAGUAUGCUAUCUAGCAAUGACCUAUACGAGAGUCUAUUGGAGUGGGUAAAAUAAGAGGGGACCGUAAACCAACGUGAAAUUCCGACCCAUGCAGUUGAUAAAUCAGAGCGGUGUACACGUGUUCUUAUAGUUGUGGCGGGAGAGGGUGGAGGUCUUAACAGAGACAGGGGUGCCGCGCAGGUUAAUAAAUUUCUUCGUUGAAAAUAGAAACUGCUUUUUAGAAAGGGAAGCUGCUUUUUAGAAAGGGAGCUAUAAAUUUAAGGAGGCGAAAUGAUUCUCCUGUAUACUCAAGAUGCGGUUUUCGUCUUCAGUUAUAGUGCCGUUUCUUCCUUAUCUGGAAUGAGUCACAGCUCCACGGCGUUUGUUGGAUGCGAUCACGGAAAGGUAUAGUUUUUUUAAAAAAUAUUAUAACGUAGUGUGACGUGAGGUCAGUCACAUCCGAAUCAAUUUUAAAAGUUAAUUUCAAACCUAUUACCUCAGACUGCUUAGUCACACCUGUGUAAGUUUGCUAUGUUUUGCUCUAUCGGGAAAGAUGCCAAAAAUUUGAUUGAUUGACAUCUUUAUUUAAAACACGAGAUCCAUUUCACAAGUUAAAAUAUGUGCUCUUCAAUGGAGACGUGUACCUAUGCUAGUAAACUAAUUUCUAAUAAAUAUUGACCUAAAUAUAAAAAUAUGAGUCACAGACAUACGCAAAGAAACUAAGGCCUGUUUCAAACGUCGCGCUUCUCAUGUGCCGAACGCAUUAGAAACAAUGGAUAAUGAGGCAUUUCAGCUGAUUAUCUAUUGUUUUUAAUGAGAAGUUCGACGUAUGAAACAGGCUUAAUAUACUGUAAUACAAUUAUUACGAAAUUUCAGCAGAAGUUAAAGCUUUUCUGUAUAUGGAAAUUUUGAACAAUAACUAUGCAGUAGGUAUUGUGCCGGGAAUGGAACCUGCUGCCGUGUGAUUCUGAUCACCUUCUUAAGCGUCGAGAGUCCAUGAAGUCCUGAGAGUCCAUCGCCCCAAGAGUCAAUCAAGCUACUGUAACCAAGAGUUCAUGUAUAUAAUACUAUAUAGUGUCAUCCCAGUUUAUUUAAUACACUACCAAUGACACCACCAUGGUAGCUAUAUAUACAGCAAAUUGUGGUUACGUCUUGGCAAAAGGACUCUUUAGGUCAAAGGGUUGCAGUAGAAUUGCAGGGCUACAGGUUCAAUUCAUGCUGACAGGCUUGUAAUUAUAUUCCACAUGUAGCCAUGAUAUCAUUCUAAUCAAAAUGUGACUUUAGAACUUCAUUCAAAGAAUAUUAUCGAGCGCAAGAAUUAAUAUAUCGUUAUAUUAUGCUAAAGCAGAAUUAAUUGUAUUUCCUGCUAUAAUAUACCUUACUUGUAGGGAUAAUAAAUUAUUUUGACUUGAAAAAUGUCUUUAUUGAUUUCUAAGGUAUAGUAGUCAUUUUGUCUCCAAAGGAGUCGAAUUGACUCGAAAGUGGAGUAAAUAAAAAAGGUACAGAACGACUCCUUUUUCGGAGUAAAUUUUACUCCUUUUUUUACUCCAUUUAUGUUGAGUAAUUUAACUCCUUAAGUGGAGUUAUUUUUACUUCAUAAAGAGAUACUUUAAGAAGUAGAACGAUAAUAGGCUUUUCUUUGUUUAUUGUUUAUUGUUUCUUUGUGAUCCGUGAGUCGCACUGGUGAGUCGUCUCAUUGAGAUCUUUGAUUGUAUUUUGUAGUGUUGUGCAUGUUUUGGUCCUAAAGGAGGAAAGCAAAACUACUGUGGCUCAAAUUGCACUGUAAUUAAUGGAGGAACAAUAACAAAGAAAGCUUUUGUUUGGUUUUGGGUGCGAACUAGAAUGCCUCAACGUGUGUGGAAAAGAUGCAUGGAGUUUUUUGUGAAUAACUCAGCAGGCAAACGUGAAAAACAUUUUAUCGAUCCCCAAACAAGCAUGGUGCAUAAGGUAAAAUCUAUACUUUUAAGUUUAAAAACUGUUAAAUUUCACUAUAUCAUAUUAGAUUAGUAGCUGCUGUAACUUAUACACCGAGUUAUAUGGAGUUAUUUAAUAGUUAUAAAAUAUGAAUUUGUUUGGCAUGUAUAAUACUUACAUUAGUUAAUAGUCAAUCAAGUCGUACAUCUAUAAUUAAUUAUAACAUGCCUAAUCCUGGUUACAAUUUUAACAUUUCUUCAUCAUUUCUAUAAGUACCUCGUAAUUAAAUUUUCUCUCCUACCUGAUAUUCUCCCUUUUCCGCUCUUUUUUAUUGUCUGUGGUUCAAAUUCUUAUUUCUCAAUCUCACACUCCUGAUAUUAAGCCAUAUAUAGUGAUUCGCAGUUAUGGAACGCUUAUGGAAUUCAAUCAAUUGAUAAGAAUUCACAAUACUUUUUUUUGUAUGACAGGAGUAUGUUGUCUAGCUACCCACUAGGUAUAGUGCUCGAACUUUUCCUCAAAUGUGAAGUUUGCUUGUCUCGACUGUGAUUUUUCAUAUUUUGCACUACUUUUGGAACAAAUUAGCAACUGCGUCACCAAUACUUCCUUCAAUCUCUCUCCGACUGCUAAACGAGUGUUAGUUGAAGCAUCACGUUAAAAACAACAAUAAUGACGAUACAGUAAUUAAUAACAAUGACAGCAGCAGCCAGGAUGACAACUGACAAGUAUGAUUAAAUUACAAUUUUUGAGUGUUAGGUGCCAGUUUAGAUAGGGGGAAUACAAUUUCCAGUCUUGGAUGAUAUGUAGAAUGCAAAUACCUGGGCCCGGUUGCAUAUACGAAAGCUGGAAUGCACUAUCCACCGGAUAGCAUAGGCGUACGAGGCGUGGGGGUGGGGGGGGCGGCAGCCCCCAGUUUAGUCAGAAAUAUUAAUUAGUCGUGCAAUUUGUACUUAAGAGUCGGGCAAUCUUCCUGUGUACCUGAAAUCAAAUUGGUCUUUCCAACAAACAAAUGUUAUUAAUAGUAAAAUGCGAAAAAAUGUUUUAAAAUAUUCAAACUAGGAUAUAUGCUUGCAUAAAGGUGAUAAAAAUAAUUAAAAUACACAUGCUUUUCCAUUCGCGCCACUGGCUAUAUGCCAUAAUAACUGACUGGCGCAGUGGCGCAAGCGCUAACUAACGCUAAACAGACAUCACUCCCAACGAAUCGUGAAGAAACUUUAUCAUUUUGAAGAAAAUCAUAUAUUGUAACUGUUAAUUGUAACAACGUUGUUUAUGAAAAACCGCUAGGGUAUGUCAGCGUAUGAAAAAUAUCACUCGUACGCUGACGUACGUUUCAAGCACGGUCCCAUACGGUGGUAUACGCUGGCAUACGGCGAGGCCCAGCGAGACAGAAACCUUUUUUAAGAUGCUUAAAAAUUUUGUGCGUAUUCGGACGUAUGGUUUAUACGAUAAGCUUACUCCAGGCACACGCUGAAUACGCUAGAGAUACGCGAGAUGUAUACGGUACUCGUGCAUAUACAGUACAUGCACUGGCAUUUCAAGUUCCAUCUUGACAACGAUUCCAACUACGGCACGUUCUGCAGAAAGAUCUUUCAGUGGGUAACGAAGGGUGAAGACGUACGUUCAUUCCACAAUGGGUCAAAAAUUUCUCUUCUCUGUACGGAACGAGCGUAUACUAGUAGAACACGGCUCGCGAAUGAUAUGGACAGAAUCAUUUAUGUUUUUGGCCAACGAAGUCACCGUGCCUCACAUUUCUUUUGACAUUAAACUUGCAGGGGAGAUUAGGUCAGGUUUUCGGUAAAAGUUACAUUUAAGUAAAAUAGUCAUCAGACUUGGUCUUGUUUCAUUGAUUUUCUCUUCGAUCCUCACCCGCUCCAUGCACAAAAUCUCCCCCCAAAACGCAGGAAAUGGCAUUUUAGAGAUUCUACUUUUCAAAAUUUCCUGGGGGCGUAUGCUCCCGGAAUCCCUAGCAGUUCUCGCGCCUUUGGCGCUCGUCGGACAAAUUGACAUCCGCCCCCCCCCCCCUAAAUUUCUAAGCCCGUACGCCUAUGCCGGAUAGUGUAAGUUUUCCUAACUGUUGCUUGAAAAGUGAUAAAGCUACAAAUAUGGAUCGCAUAAUUAAUAAAAGGAAUCUUUAAUUUUUAUAUACUAAAGUUUAAUCUGGGUUACACCAGUCAAAGGCCAAUUUUUAAUCGCCCCUGAACAAUAAGAAAGACAUUACUACUUACUUCCACAUGAAGACCGUUCGCUCGAAACGUCGAGGUUCAUGUUAUGUUUUUCAAAUGGUGCUACAUUCAAGUAUGCAAAUAACCAGUUUCCUUUGUUGUAGGGUUCUUGUUCCGAAUCAUUCAAAUCAUUUUUAAACGAAGGCGUAAGUACAAAAUUUCAUGCAUACAUGAUUUUCGUCUGUUCUCGAACCUCAGGGCCACGCAUAUAGCUGCUUUUCUACUUCAGUAUGCAAAAAAUCUUUUCUUUUUUAGACAUUGACUGUAUCUGAUAAAGAAAUUUUUGAAAAGAUUCCAAAUGUUCCAGGUCUUCUCUCAUAUCGUUCAGAUAAUAAACAACUUUAUGUCAACCAAGGAUCAAAGUGGCAAGCAUUGGGUAAUGAAAAAGAGGUAAUUUAAUAUUGAUGGUAGUAUAUAUUCAGGUUAAUUAAUAUCCAGCGUGGCGGGCGGUCAGGCGGGAAAGAGAACUGUCAAAACCUGCAAAAGUUAUAGUGGCUUUCCAGAAAAAAACCCAGACAAAAGUGUCGCAUAAUUUAUGAAUUAUGUACUGUUUAAUAAAUGAGCAGGAGUGUUUUAUUAGGUUGAAAGCCACGAGCGCGCAACGCGAGUGGCUUUAGACCUAAUAAAACACGACCUGCGAGUUUAUUAAACGGCUUCAAACACGACUACAAAUUCAAUAGAUAUACUGCCUUAUUAGUAUUCUUUAUAUAAAGAAUACUAAUGAGGACACGACUACAAUAGAUACUGCCUGAUUAGUAUUCUUUAUAUAAAGAAUACUAAUUAGGAGUGUUUUAUCAGGUUUAAAGCCACUGCACGUGACAUAUUAUGUUGCCAAAAAGCUUAUGAAUUAUUAAUGAGUGUUUGAAGACCAUAUAAUUAAGGGCCAUUUGGUAUUUAAAUCAUGGCGUACCGGGCGGGGGGGCAGCCCCCCCAGUUUGUUGGGCAGUCGGGAAAUAUUCCCUGAACAGUCGGGCAAUUUUGGUUUAUUAAAAAAAUAAAUUGGACAAAUUCUGUAAAUUUUGUGGUCAUUUUGUGAUAUUUCCAAAAUUUGUGUUAGGUUCCGGAAAAUUUUGGUAUGUCUGUCCUGAAAAAAAUUUUGAUCCUUAAAAUGGUACACUGACCGAAAUUUUUUUGGCGACGGGGGGGGGUGGGGGUGGGAGGGGGGGGAGGUCGCCAAAACAAAUUCCGGAAAAAAAUUUUUCGGUACUUGUCGGGCAAAAUCCGGAAAAGUCGGGCAAAUUUCUUUCCGCCCCCCCUAAAUUUUUCCUUCCGGUACGCCCAUGAAUUUAAAUAUUGGCGAUCUGUAGCGAAACAAUAAAAAUGUGAAACUGUUAUACAUAAACAGGUACAAGAGCUAAAGUACGAACAGAAUAAAGGACUGAAAACCUUGGAAAACAAGCUGAGAAACCAAACGAAGGAAUUAAGAAACCAAAAAGAUGAAUUCAAUAAUAUGCAAGAUAAACUUGAGAAAAAAGUUGAAAGUCAAAAACAGAUAAUUCAGUCACAAGAGAACAAAAUCCAAAUCCAAACAAACCAAGUUCAAUCCCAAGAGAUAAAAAUCGAAGUCCUGCAAAAGAAAGUCGGUCAACAGGAAAACACAUCCCAAAGUCAAAAGCAAAGAAUAGAGAAGAUAGAAAAAAGAUUUCAAGGUAAUAAAUCGUAG